AUGUCCUCCUCCCCUUCUCAUGGCACUCAAGCUCCUGAGGCUUCUCAAGCCGCCAUCCCCUUCUCUUCCGAUACUAGUUCCUCUGAAUUCCCAACCGACAAAUCUAAGCCUCCUACUUCCAAGGGGCCCAAUACCGCCGAGCAAAUUAUCCAUAAGUGCGCCGAGAAUUAUAAGCGCGUGUGCCGAGCGACGAAAGAUGGAUCAGAGGCAAAGCCUCAGUUCGUCGAGCUCUGGCAAUGGGAUGGCGAAGACUUGCCUGGUGGGGGGGAAUGUACGAUCUACUUUUACAGCGACGAUGAGAUAGAGGAAGUGGAAGACAAGCUCGGACCCUGGAUUGACCCUCUUACUGGUCUGGGCGACACCGUUGAGGCAACCUUCCGCCGUCCCGUUGGGUCCGAAGGCGAGUUUGCGGUAAUCAUGACCGAUCGUAAGAAGACCUAG